AGAACCGGCGGUACACGUAGUGGUUUGCUCUACAUCCGGGCCUGAUGACAGUGAAAAGUCAUCAUGGCCAUGGCCUAUGCCUAUGGUCAACGAUCUGGUCAUAGAAGGGCAUGAAAUCUAGCACCGAAGCAUGAACACGUAGAUCUACUGUACAUGUACGUAAAGACAAGGUCACGACAAUGACAUGUAGAUCUGCAGUCCAGGCAGUCGUUGCACCGGCGGGGAAAGCGCUGUCCAAUGAUUGGAUGGGGCCUAGGCCAGGUCACUAGGUCACAGUGUCAGGCGGACAGCUAGCUCUUGUCUUGAGCUGCAACUAACAGGUGUAAGUGCAACGACGUGGUUACGUUGAUGUUGCACAGCUGCACUGGUCCGCCUUUGGCAGACGUGGAAGCUGAACACACAGACGUCUAGUGUUCUUUGUCUCUCGUCUAGCUCGAACCCUGUAGCUAGCUGUGUAUGGUGAUACCGUUACAGUAUGGUGAUAACGUUACACGCAGUGGCAAGCAAGCUCCAAAGAUCGUCUUCCACCCUGGCAGCUUUCUUCGAUCUGUCCCUUGGGCUGGGGCAUUGUUUCACUGGAUCUUAGAGCAGCGUCUUCUGAUCCGCUGCAGGCCGAAGGUCAACUGCCACUGGAAGAAAGUGAAACCGGCCUGGCGAAGAAACCCCUUGGACGGACGUAGCGCAGAUCGGCUGCAGUGAGCUGGUCGGUGGCUGCUGCUUGUGCUGUGGAGCAGUGUAGUUGAACUAAGCGUCAAGCACACACCACCGUGUGUUGGAGAGUGUGCGCGGACGCUUUUAGAUCGACGGUCACCUCGUUGCUACCCACGGUUCUAACUCCGCGAGGAGCGUGUGAUCGGCGAAGGUAUCACGGCCUCUUGAAGGUACUAACGGAUCGCAGAUUGACCAAGCUUUUCGUGUAUCUGCUUGGGUGUUGCUUCACUCUGCGUAUUGACCAAACCUGGCUGUAGAUUGGGGAAAAGAAGAAACUGCCUUUCGUCGUUUUGAACCCGCCGUACUGCAUCUCCAUGAGAAGCGAGGCACUCUGUUCCUGACGCUUUCUAUGUCCUACAUUCGUCUGGCUGCGGUAGACUCUUGUCCAUUUUUUCCCCCGCCCGAGCUGGUGUUAUGAACUGAAGAAUGAGCGAGAAAGGGGAGACUCGAAGUCGUCGAUGGAACGAAAUGUGAAUAUUGUGCACCACCGUGGCUCGGCUGCCAAUCGGUGAGCCACAACCGGGUACCAAGCAGCCGGACACAAUGCCGUUCCUACUAAUGCUGAAGUUCGACACUGCCCUGAGAGGCUUGAGUAAAGUCUCCUGCGAGCGCUACGGAGCGAUUGCGGUGUUUGUCAGCAUCAUCAUGGCAAAUGGAUCCACCGCAUUCAUUGUGAAAGGACCGCCAAUACCUCUGUUCGGCAGUGGCCGCGGUGAUCUAUUAUCCAGUGUUCCCAUGGUACUGGCUACCAGCGUCCAGCCUCCACGCACACAAGAGAGCAUAGCAAAGGUGACGCCGACGUCAAACGUGGAAGCUACGUCAACAGCAACGACCGAAGCGCUACAUAAUCCCGUGGAGCACGGAUCUACACGCGACCUGCCAAUGGCGAGUACAAACAUGCGACAUACUACAGAUUCACGGUGGCCUGGAGAACGCCCCAAGAGCCCGGACCCAAUCUUGAAUCCAAACGAUGAAGAUUCAAUGGGGCCGGUCAUGACAGGAUUGAAACCAGCCCAGACCAAGGAUACCCCGGCCAGCCCUGACACGAACCAAGUCCCAUCCUCAACUAGCACCACUUCGUUUGUGACUCCCACAUCACGGUUAUUGCUUGGAACACGGCCUGACAUUCCUCCGCUGGUGAGCGCCCACCAUGACUCAGUGAAGUGGUACAUCUUUGCCGGUGGUGCUGCACUACUACUGACAAUAGUCUGUGUUUUCAUCAUCUGUUUGCGUGUCCUGGACAUUCACAAGCACAGGAAAAUGCAAGAUCUUGUGUUCCAAGCUGGACUGGCGUAUCCUGGUGAAGAUAUGAAUGGGCCUGAAAGCUACAUGAAUAUCCGUCCCUGCUCCCCACUGACAAAAGAGUGGAGAUCGCGAGGCUUUUCAUUCGGAUCAAACAGUCACCUGCACAUGGCAUCGGGCAAAUCAACUCCUUCUGGCACGUUGCUUCGCAAAAAGGGCAGCGGCAAGAAUGACCCUCAAGGUCGCCGGCGAUCAGCCAGCAGUGCUACAGCCAGCAUAAAGGCUAAGUGGCGUUCAAUUGGAAAGUCUUCGGGCAAAAGGUGGUCCGGUGGCCUGAGGCAAGCUGCUAGCACUGGCGACAUCGCUAAGGACUCGGAGAUGUACUCACCUCAUGGUUUUGGCUAUCAGCAAGGCAAUCCGAGCUACGUAUGCGACUGUGAGAUGCCGGAGCAGUGCUGGGAAUCUCAAGCCGGAUGCUGUGAGCGGCAGGCGAAAAGGCAGGUUGAUCAGCGUCAGCAGCAGAGAUACCCUGCUGAUAAUUCCCAGGCUACAGUGCACUUCAAUCCGCUGCACACGGUGUGUAUGACUCCCGAAGUUCAGUCCACUCCCGGCGGCCACCUUCCAAGAGAUGCGGGUGUGUUUAUGCCGGAGGAUUUCUCGUCUUGUUCUGCACAGUGCCCUGAUUGCUCAGGCUGGGUGGAUACCAGCACCAGUGACUGCCAUUACCCAUAUGGCAGUGCUUGUGACGUACACUAUCAAGUCGCAGACUACCAAUGUCGAUGUGGUGAUGUCCAGUGCUCACGUGCUAGCUCUGCUUUGUGUGCAACUGAACAGAACAGCAGCCGUACUAAGCAUCUGCAUAAGAACUCUACACUUCGAGGCAUGGGCAGCCAUGAUCGUCGUGGUGAUGAUCACCAAGGUGACAUUGCCGCUGACCUGCUGCUCUCCAUGCUGACACAGGCACAGAACCUGGCCAAGGGCAUGUCUCUGGAUCGCAGAAUCCCACGCAGCGUUAGCGCCACCACAAUGCCACAUUCAGAAGCUAGCAACUCGUCCACUCUGGCUCGCCUCCAGGACUGCGACGAGUCGUCAGGAUACAUUGGAUCAUCACCAGGUGGGCCAAGUCCCCACACGGUAAAUGAUGCAAUAGUGGUUGGCACACCACACAAAGGCGGUGCCACCAUCCUGUUGCCUGCCCAGGCGGAGACCAGACAGCAAGAGACAAACCGCUGUGAUCGGCAGGGUGGCCACGACCAGCAACGCCACCAACAGCAGCAACAGCAGCAACGCCACCAACAGCACCAACAGCACCAACAGCAGCAACAGCACCAACAGCAGCAACAGCACCAACAGCAGCAGCAACAGCAGCAGCACCAACAGCAGCAACAGCAACAGCAGCUCCGCAGUGAAGCAGACCUGCACCGCCCGUCCAGGCGAAAAUUGAUCAAGGGUGAAAGGCCUGCAGAUCAGAGUUCCAACACGGCAAUGAGUGCGCCUGCUUCUGAUCCUAAAAUGAAGAAACUGAGCGCUAGAAGGAAGCCCCUGAAUAUACACAUCGAAGAGGCCAUUGAAGAGAGUGGCCGGAGAUCUCGACUUUCGAAUCAUCCUGACUCUAACAAUGGUGGCAUUGCCGAUUCACAAUCCAGGCAGAGCCUUGCAUCAGCCAUCAGUACGCGGCGCUGUGUCACUCCGAAUGCCCUGGAUUCCGAGGAGAGAAGGUCUCGAUCGCCACGGCCACCUGCGCCCCUCAAGAUAUCAAAUGAGCGGCUCGGUGAUGCAGGUAUGCACGACAAUGAGCAGGCACAAAUAGCUUGUUACAAGUCGUUGAAAAGGAGACAGCUGGGACACAGUGGAUCAAGAAAGCAAGGAUCAGCAGCACCUACCAGUCAACACAUGCGCCCUCCUGUGGCACCCAAGCCCAGACUACUUCAGAAAGUGAUACCAAGGAAGGAGUCGUUGGCGUGCCUGCCGGAGCAGAGUAGCUCCACAACAGAGGGAAGUGCGCCAGUGCACUUACCUGAUAGUAGCCAAAAGCCACUGAAAUCAUCCAGCUUCUGGAAUGUGCCAAACUAUGGUAGUAAUGAGAGGACUGCCCCUCAGUCUCACAUUGUCACUAACCACUCUUAUGAACCUGACGGGGAAAGACACCGCCCACGUAAUGGCAUGGCGAUUGAAACAACAUUCAUGCCGAUUCGACCUGCUCUGCGCGGUCAACGGCCCACUUCAAAGUCGUCGCAAGAAGAAGGCAUGGCACUCGCCAACCCGUACAGUCAGGUCUCACUGGACUUACCACCGCCUCCGCAGCCAUCAGACAUCUUCAUGUUCAGUGAUGAAGAGCAGCCAGUCGGUGGUGAUGAUGAGGGGUAUGCAAUACAUGUCAUGAUGCCUGGUCUGCAGUCAGCACCGGCCACCAAGCCUGAACACGCACGGCAAGACAGCCGUAUUGUGAGAAGCAUGAGCAAUGCGGCUAAUGCCACCAACUCAACCAACACCAACGGCAAUCACGCAAAACUGGACUUAUCUCGGCAGAACACAAACUCGUCCACCGAGGAGCAGAAGGGAAACUUCUACUAUCUCCGGGACGGCGAUCAGAUUUUGCACCCGGACAGACUGGAUCAAGAGAGUCACCUGAAAUUACCAGCGGUAUAUCCUCAGGGUGCCGGAUAUCGACGCGGGAUAACUGGCUCGGGCCUAAGACAAGUUUCGCAGCUCUCCGGAGACAGCUUUGAAGCAUGCCAAACAACCACACUGUGAUAAUAAAUAGCAUCUGCUACCAUCCGUUUAGAAAACAACUCUUGAAGCCAAAACCGAUCCCGGCCUAAACAUGAAUGUUGUUGAUGAUUUAUGCAACGUGCCCGAGAGUCUUGAAUUGAAACUGUUUUUUGGAAACUUUUACCAAGCAAUAUCUAAAACGUAAAUUGAAGGUGCCUUCAACUCCCUCCUCAAAUUCAUAACUAAGGUAUUGAUGCCUUCACUUCAUACAGUGUAACUGCUAUUAUUCUGUUCUUGCUAUCUUUGACACUCAAAUUUGCUGAUGUCAUUACAGGAUGGACCACUCCUGACGCUGUGAGCAU